ACAAGAGGAUUCCUAGGAUCUGGAAGAGUAAUUCAGUCUGGUCAAACUGUCUUCCUUUCUGUUCAAUUUUAUAAGCAUUCUGACCAGCUCUUUAGUGAUCAGGAACUAGACAACUGUCUAAUGUUAAGAGCAUACACUUUGGAUCCAGAAAGUCUUGGAUUUGAACCUUUGCUCCACCUUGACUUCUUAUUUUCUGUGGGUUUUUGGGCAAGUUACUUAACCUAGUUGGAGUGCCUUGGGCUUGGAGUCCAGAGUAGGUCUUUCUUUUCCAAGAAUUGACAAGUGUUUACACUUGGUCAGAACUGGUAUUCUUGUAUCUUCAAGAGCAAGAGAAAGGUGCUCAGGAACAGCCCAUGGAAGAAUCAUAUGAAGAGGUGGUGACUGAGGUCAUAAGCAGGAGUGGACAUGUUUGGAUUUCCAACAGCUACCCUGCUGGACUGUCAUGGAAGAUAUGCCCAGAAUGUAGCGUUCUUCAAUGUGAUGACUGAAGCCCACCACAAAUAUGACCACUCUGAGGCUACAGGAUCCUCAAGCUGGGAUAUCCAAAAUUCUUUCAGAAGAGAGAAGCUGGAACAAAAAUCCCCAGAUUCGAAGACACUACAGGAAGAUUCACCUGGAGUGAGACAAAGGGUCUAUGAGUGCCAGGAGUGUGGAAAAUCCUUCCGGCAAAAAGGUAGUCUAACAUUACAUGAGAGAAUCCACACUGGUCAAAAGCCUUUUGAGUGCACCCACUGUGGAAAAAGCUUCAGGGCCAAAGGCAAUCUUGUUACACAUCAGCGGAUACACACGGGAGAGAAGCCUUAUCAGUGCAAGGAGUGUGGGAAAAGCUUCAGUCAACGAGGUAGCCUCGCUGUCCAUGAGAGACUCCACACUGGACAGAAACCCUAUGAGUGUGCUAUUUGUCAGAGAAGCUUCAGGAAUCAGAGUAACCUUGCUGUUCACAGGAGAGUUCACAGUGGUGAGAAGCCCUAUAGAUGUGAUCAGUGUGGAAAAGCCUUCAGUCAGAAAGGAAGCUUAAUUGUUCACAUCAGAGUCCACACGGGCCUGAAGCCCUAUGCCUGUACCCAGUGCAGGAAGAGUUUCCACACCAGGGGGAAUUGCAUCCUGCAUGGCAAAAUCCACACAGGAGAGACACCCUAUCUGUGCGGCCAAUGUGGAAAAAGCUUCACCCAGAGAGGGAGUCUGGCCGUGCACCAGCGAAGCUGCUCACAGAGGCUCACCCUUUGACCACUCUCUUGAAGAGAAGUUCUCUUUAUGAAUUAAGAGUACAAAAUCCUCUGAGAUGAAGCAACCUAUCCAGUUCUAUGGAAUGCAUGGAGAAUCUUUCAGAAAGACCAUCAUCGGGUAGGGCAAACUGACUUUUCUCCUUUCCCCCAAAAGAAUAUGAAAAAUAAAUGUCUUGUUUAUUAUCAUUA